GUCGUGGGCGUCUCGAGUCGCAGAGUACGUGCGCGUCCGCUGCGAGGCGGUUGCGGCGCUGGAGCAGCUCGUGCGUGGCGAGGAGGUCACGCGGCCGCUGCUCACCCUGUACCGGGCGGGAGGAUGCGACGGCAGCGCCGCGUCGGACGCGGCGGCGCAGGUGCUUGGCUCGCGCGAAGGGCUCGGCGCCCUCGCCGCCCUCCUCCUCCCCGCCGGGGGCGCGGCGGCGGAACAGGCGGGAGGGGGCGCCUCCGGCCGCAACUCCGGCCCUCCCUCCCCAGAGUGGCUGUCGCGCGCUGUCUGCGCCGCCGGCAUGCUGCGGAGAGCGCUCGCGGCGCCCGGCGGCGCCUCGCUCGGGUGCGAGCACGGGGUUUGGCUGCGCGCGCUGCUUCGCGAGCGCGCACUCGUCCGCGCCGCGCGCGAGCACGAGCCGCUCGGCGUGGCUCUGCUGCGGCUGGAGGCGCUCGUCUCGCCGGCGGCGCUGCUGACGGAGCACGGCGUCGCGUGCCUCGCCGACGCCGUGUGCGCGCUCCUGCAGGGCCGGCCGCCCGACCACUUGCUGCGCCUAAUCUCGGGCCGGCCGCCCGACCACUUGCUGCGCGUCGACGCCGAGCUGGAGCCGGCCCAGGUGGGGCGGCAGCCCUCCGAGUACGACGAGCAGCGCGCGAUCCGUGAGGCGGUCGUCGCCCACCGGCACCCGCUGCUCGCGUCGCUGCGGCAGCUCGUGCGCGCCGCGGCGGGCAAACAGGGCGCGCUGCUCCUCUUCGGCGGCAAGUGCUUGCGCUGGGCCGAGCUGCUCUGGCUGCUCGAGGCGGCCGCCUCGCUCGCCUACUGCCUGCUCUGGCACCUGUCCAAGGGCGGGGCCGCGGCGCGGGCGCGCUGGUCGGAGCGGCUCGCCGGCUGCGCAGACAAGCUCGAGCAGCUGGUGCGGCUGCUCUCGCGCACCGCGACGCGCGCGGUCGCCCUCCGCCUCGCGACGCUCUGCGUGUCCCUGGUCGAUCUGCUGCCCGCGCAGGCCGCGAGGGAGCACGCGCUGCUGCCGCCGCUUGUCGAGCCGCUCAAGCACGCUCCCGCGGCGGCCGCCGCGCUGACGCUCCUCGAAGGCGUGUGUGACUGCCGCGUCUCGCUCUCACCAGCCGAAGAGAUUGCGGCGCAGGAGCCGGAGCUGCCCGACAGCGCGCUGCUCGCUCCGCUCGUCUCCACCCUCGCCUCCCUCUCGGGCGCCGCCGCCGCCGAGCGCGAGCCUGUGGCCACCAUCCUGCGGACUCUCUGGGUGGAGUUGGGAGCUUCCAUCGAGGACGCGCUCACCGUGCACUGA